AGGAUGGCUUAGUUUAAAGUUUCAUUCCACCUUUAGAAAUAUAUUUUAUAUUAUAUCACAGCCUCACAAUAUCUACUAAUUAUGGCGACUAGACAGUCAGAGGCUGUUGUGGUGGAUCCUCUCCUGACCAAGCGCGCCAAACGCAUUCUGCUAAUCGGUUCUAUUGUGAUUUACGCUUUGUGGCUGCUGAAUAUCGGCUUAACCGCCUGGAACAUUCGCACUUAUUACAUGGUCUUGAAUGUGCACAGGGGCUGCAGGCAGUGCUUUUUUGCAUCCUACAUGAUGAUCACAUUGGGCGUUGAGUGCCUGACGUUGGUGAUACUGUUUAUGACUUUUCCAUUGGUGCUCUAUCGAAUGGCCCGUGGAAUUCGAAUUUAUGUGACUAUCCUCUUCCUGUUCAUCUUUCUGGAGUUUAUGUUGGCUUUGGUGUUGCAACAGGAGUAUCAAGCCAUUGGCGACGUUAUGCUAAUGUGGAAUUACGAUAAAAAUCUGAAUUUCUUUGAAGUUAAUUAUCAGUGCUGCGGUGUCCUGGGUCCUGGCGAUUACAAUGUGAUUGGCUUCUCACCGCCCGACUCCUGCUAUAAGGAUGGCAGUGGCAAAAACGAGGAUCUCUACACCAAAGGCUGCUCAACAGUAACCGUACAACCCAUACCGAUGUCCGUAUGUGUGAUUAUCAGCCUCGUUGCCAAGUUCAUCAUGUUCUUGGCCCUCUUCAUAUUCAUGAUUUACCUGAAGCGAAGUAAGACCCCAAAGCGCCGCUGGAGUAUACUGCAUCCGAUUAUUCGACUUGAAGCUCGGUAUUGAAGCCCUCCAAGGAUUCGUGGGGUAAGCCUUAACAUUUUCCAAGCAGCUCAAGCAGCAGAUUGAAAUCCGGAUUCGAUGUUCACCCAGUGGGAAUGGGUAUUGGCUUUGAGUUUGGCAAGACGACAGACAAAUUGGAUGCUAGCCUGGACGCUGGGCUCUCGUCAUAUUUCACGGACUGCAAUCAAUAA